GCAAUUUACGCAACAAAUAUGCGACCACAUCUCAAUGCGCUGGCGAAAGAAGUAUUUCCCUUAGUAACACGAUUUAUUCCUGAUUCAUAAGUACAACUUGUGCUCACAGACGAAAUUUCUUUGACCGUCUGGACCACCUGAACUAUUCCUGCGAACUUUUAUAUUGAAAUUUCACUUCUUCACGUGUAAAUCCAGAACUCCGGUUGUUGAUGAUGAGUAUUUCUCAAGAAUUGUCCGUGAAGUUUCUAGUUGACGCCUCCUUGCUGUAUCGGGAAACGUGUCCGGAGCUGUCCCGGUUUUUAAUGCAGCGGCCAUCUCAGAACAAAACGUUCUCUUCUUUGCUGCACAGCACCUCUGUGUGUCAGUACUGCUGUCAGUGGCUGAAACCCGAUGAUGUCAGAGUUCGGCUUCGGCCCAAGAGGCGUCCGUCGCCAGUGGUGCAGAGCAUCCUGCUCAGAAAGGCCAGAGGAAAGAAGCUGACCGUCAUGCAGAAGAAGCUACUGUUUCGCUUCCAAAAGUCUUCCUCAGUACUGAUGGCCACCUGCAACGCUUGCAGUCAGACAUCCAGACAUCAAGGCGCGAAUCGGGAUUUUUUAUCCACGUUAUCCAAGAACUACAGCACACCAGGGAGCGCGGGCAAACACAAGACGCCGCAGUCCGGCAGCAGAUCCAGCAAGUCAAUGUUGAAGACUCCCGGCAAGGACAAGACUCCCGCUCAGACACCACGAUCUUCCAUCUCCUCCACCGUUUCGGGGUCCAGCUCCACUUCCUCCAAGUCUUCAUCGAAAUCCAAAAACUGGGUCUUCCAGCGUCUCAGCAAGAUUCUCAUGCGAGAUGAAAACCAGGACACCAAGAAAGGCGGCUUGAAAGACUUUCUCUCCUCACUCUGAGGAUCCCCAACAAUGUCUUCAUUAGUUAGUUUGAAAAAAAAAAAGAGACUUUGAAGCUUGUUCACAACUCAGGCUGAGAAGAAAGGAUUUAGCCUCAGUUUCCAAGUCGGUGUGGAGGAACAAAUAAUCAUGGUAGCCCAACGGGACAUCCAAAACCCCUGAUAUGGAUCUAGUUAUCUUCUUCUCUGUUAGUCGCUCAGAUGAUGCGUCUUGAAAGUAAUUAUGUCCCAAAGCAGUUCUGGACGACCAUUUUGUUUUUUCCUGCAACUUUGAGCAAAAAACGUCAUAAUCAUACAGAUUUGCUCCCACCUAGAACCUGAUAAAAGUCGACUUUUGACAUAGUAAGCCAGCAAAAACAUUUUUUACCAAAAAUUGUUCAAAGGCAAUGCAUUGUGGUCUAUAUUCGCCAAAAUCUAGUGAGCUUGGAUGCACUCUGGUUUUUUGCACAGACUUCUUGGAAAUUUUGUAGGCACUGGAUUUUAAAUUUGUAGAUUUUGGACAGCAGUACAAAAUGCAUUCCAAAAUGACACCAUAUUGUGCACUAUGUAGUGAGCAGUGAGGGAAUUCAGACACAGCCAAAGUCUAAAAUCAACAGAAAUUUCUUUGACCUAAGUCGAAGGCCACCAUCUUGAAUUGAAAAAAAAGAUUGGUGUUGUUGCUUGCAGUUUUUACCAAAAUAUUGUGACAAUUUAAAACCCGAAUCCCUGGCUUGAGCUGAGUGAAAUGAUAUCACGUAAAUUACAACUAUAUUAGGAAUGUGGGUGUGGUUAACAAAAAACCUCCGUUGCCAAGGAAAUCCAAAAGUUUACUUUUGCAGAUUCUUCCAAAAAGUACAAAAAUCUGUUGGAUGCCCCCGAGUGACCAAAAAAUAGAAUGGUUGCUAUGGACCCACUUUGAAAAAAAAUCCCCCCCAUCAAUCUGUUAUGUCCAGCUCUGACCAGGGAAGAGGGGAGGAAGAAGGAGCCACUCAGCCAGUAAGGCCGGGUCAAAGGUGGCGGCGAGGGCAGUUGGCGCCUGUACGCUAUAGAACGCCACUCCCUGUUUUGAUUUAAGUGAGGACUAUUCCUUCCUCACUUACGAUGUCAGUCUUAGCUGUUUGAGGAAGUUUUAUCCAGCUGCUAAGAAACAAAAUAUAAAUUUACAUUUAUUUUUUCAAAAUCUGUGAUCAUUUUCCUUUUUAUAUAAUGUCUCUUACUUUUAAGAGACAUUGUCAUAUUCCUGUUGAAAUGGGACAGGCUAAUCUUAGAUGAUUAAAAGAUGAAUAUGCCGGGGUAACAAAGUUGGAGUACUUUUCACAUGCUCCGUUUCGUUUGUGUGUUGUAGUAUUCGUGAGUGUAUUUUACAAUGAUAUUCACUAGAAGCUGUUUACAUUGUACAGGCACAUCUAUCUAAUAUCUUCACACAGAAAAAAACUUUAAGUUGAUGAUAUGUUUGUGAAAAUUCCCUUCUCUCAUCAGAUUGUUAUGGAGUUUAAAAUGUACAUCUAACACAUUUUGUACUUGCGUAUGUCAUGGAAGGAGCAGCAUGUGUUGAAAUACCUCACAUUGACAAUAAACUAACUGUGACUCUAAA